AUGAGUUUCGAAUACCAUAAACCAUCAACAUGGCUUUCUGUCCUAAUUAUUAUCAGUACAAUCAACCUCACAAGAUCUCACCACACCAAGAACCGAGACCUAAUCGACUUUGAAAAACGAAGCGAAGCAAGUUCUCAUGCGAUUCCUAGUCAAGUUUAUAACACUUCAGUUCAAGACACACAAUGUGAUCUUAAUCGUCAUGAACCUCCUCAACUAUCUAACUUGAUCACUUGUCAUGAUAAUUCUUUGUUUACUUUAUGGAGACCUAAAGCUAGGUUCAUGGGAUCUCGUGGUUGGUUGAAUGACCCUAUGGCUAUUUAUCAAACCAAAAAUGGUUCUUGGCAUAUAGGCUACCAGUGCCAGCCGAACAACUAUGUGUGGGGAAAUAUUUCUCAGUGCUCAGCUUCGACUACUGAUUUCACUUACUUUAAUGAUUACCAUGGCUGGCAAAACCCAGUGACCAUCGCUCCAUCUCAAUUAUACGAUAUUCGUGGAGUUUUUGAUGGAAGUAUCAUCCAAAAAGGUUGGAACGGACACCCUACGAUCAUCUAUACGUCAACUUUUACUGGUCCACUUGGUUGGAAAACUCAACCGCCUGAGAAGGAAGGAACUGAAACUCAGAGUCUUGCUUAUACUGAAGACGAUGGUAAGACAUGGACCAAGUUGAACUUUGGAGAGAAUGGAAACCCAGUGAUUUACCAUUGGCCAGAAAAACAUCUUACUGGAUUCAGAGAUCCAUUCAUAUUCGAAUCACCCGAAUUCUUAUCAUUUUAUUCCUCAAGUGGAUCCCAACUAACAGGCCAAAAGUUUUUGACCAUCAGUGGAGGGAUUCGUGAAGAUUUAGAUCCCAAGAAUGCAGGACCUAGAUUAUUUCUUUACCGUCAAAGCUAUGAAGGAAAUUUCCUUCAUUGGACUUAUUUAGGACCUUUGAUCGAAUUACCACCGGUUUUGAAACCUAUUAGUUCUUGGCAAGGUGCAACUGGUGUGAACUUUGAAUGUGGUUCAUUAGUUACUAUUGAAGAAGAGCCUCAAAUGAACGGAACCAACCAGAGUGGUAAUGAUUCUUUUCAAAAACAUCCUCAUCGGCUUGAUCUUUUCUUGACUGGAUCUGAAGGAGCUCGAAAUGGAUCUCAUGAUGAUCAUUGGCCGAUUUGGAGUGUAUUAGAUUACGAUUUUUCAAAUCUUGAUGGAAACUUAAAGGCUAAAAUCAAGUUUUCAGGUGUGAUUGAUUGGGGUAGGACUUAUGCAUUUGUAGUUUUUCAAGUUGAACCUAAUCGACAAGUUCUUGUAGGUUGGAGUUAUGAAGACGAUGUUCAGAACGUAUUGACUUCUCAAAGAGGUUAUCAAGGUUCAUUUACUCUAUUUCGAGAUAUCUUUGUAAAAGUGAUUCGGAAUAUCGCACCAGAGUCGGCUUACUUGACUGAGAAAGAUCCAAGUUGGAGUGUCGAAAAAGAAUUGGAUGGUUCUUUAUCCGUUAUCACUCUUGGACAAAAAAUCAUUCCUGAAACCUUAAAAGCAUACAAAAAAGAAUCAAUUGUUUCUAAACUGGCUGAUCGUACUUUGAACAUUAAUAGUACUAGUAUAGAAAGUACCAAUGCGCUUCUUACAAAUCUAGUCCAAUUUGAAGAACAGCCAUCAGAUCGGUAUUUUGCUAUCACCGCUCAACUCGACUUUCAUGGCUUGACCUCAAGCUUGGAUGAUCCCACAAACAUAGAUCUUCAAAGCAUGCCUCGUGGUGGGUUCAGAGUUUUGGCCAGCGAAAGUGAAUGGACAGAUAUCUAUUAUGAGCCUUCAUCUGAAUCACUCGUUGUGCGCCGUGAACACAGUUCUUUGGUGAAAGUUUAUGGGAGUUCUACUGAGAUAGGAAAACUAAGACUUUGGCCAAUUCGAGAUCCAAUGACCAACACCACCUCUUUAGAAUCACUUAACCUAACUAUCAUUGUAGACAACAGUAUUAUAGAAGUAUACGCAAAUCAUCAAACAGUCAUCACUACUCGAGUUUACCCUUGGUUGAUGAAUUCUACAUCAGUUUCAUUUUUCGUAGAAGGAAAUCCAUCAAUGAAGAACCCAAAUCGAUCAUCUAAUCUUACUUCUAAUCCAAAAGAAAUUCAUUCCAAUCCUAGUGUCACCAACCAUUCAAGUUUUAUUCCUCAAUCUGUUUCUUUUUCAAAUAUUGAACUAUGGAAUGGUUUGCUAAACGCUUGGCCAAAUCGACCUUUAAAUUCUUCUGUACUUAUUAAAACUAGUCAUGAUCUUACUCAAACUCUUUAUUCUGUUUGGGAUGAUACGUCAUAA